AUGGGUUCCAAAAGCUUGGCGGCCCAGGAAAUGAUGAGCAUUUUGGAGACUUUGUCUGUGAUCAUUUCUAUUGUGGAAUUCAUAAUGGGGAUUUUUGGAAAUGGUUUUAUUAUACUGAUACUAUGCAAUGACUGGAUCAGAAAGCGGAAGUCCUCCCUGAUUGAUUUUAUUCUCAUGGGCUUGGCUGGAUUUAGGAUAUGUUUUCUUUGUGCAACACUUUCAACUAUCACUUUCCAAUUAGUAUAUGAAAAAGUUCUUGUCUCUAAAAGUGUGCUGAUGAUUGUUAUUAUUCUCUGGACAGGAUCCAACUAUUUUUGCACAGCCUCCAGCACCUGCCUCACUGUCUUUUAUUUCUUCAAGAUAGCUAACUUCUCCAACCCCGUUUUCCUCUGGAUGAAGCAGAAGAUGCGUGUGGUACUUCUUGUUAUAAUCCUGGGAUCAGUAUUUUCUUUCUGCGUGAGUCUUGUUUUCAUUGAUGUAUUCACAAGUGUGUCAAUGCAACAUUUGGUAAAAAUAGAACAAAACUUCACAUCCCAUUAUACAAAGAAAUUUUAUGAUAGCUUAAUUUAUUUCAUUCCCCUUAACAUCAUCCUCUUUAUCUUUUUUGUGGUGUCAUUGUCUUCUUUCUUACUUUUACUCUUCUCCUUAUGGAGACACACCAAGCGAAUGAAGCUACAGGGCAUGUAUUCUAGGGAUUUGAGCAUGGAGGCCCAUGUAAGAGCCAUGAAGGCCAUGAUUUCAUCACUGCUUCUUUUCAUUACGCACUAUGUCGGCUAUCUUAUGAUAAUGUUGGAAUAUUGUGUUCAAGACACUGUGACGAUAAGGGUUUUUAUGCAUCUGCUUCUAUUUUUAUAUCCAUCUGGUCAUCCAUUUCUUUUAAUUUUAUGGAACAGCAAAUUGAAACAGGCUUCUCUCUGUGUCUUGAGAAAGCUGAAAUGUGUCAAAGAAGAUAUAAUUCCUCAUUACCAGAAAUGA